GCCGGUUUGAGCUUUGCCCCUAGUGCCGAUGUUUACUGUGACGCCAACAUCUGUCCGCUAUCGUCUAUCAGACAGAAGUUGCCUCGUGGGUGGUAACUCACCGAAGAAUUAGAACAUGACACACUCUUAGAGGAUCUGUACUUUGGGGUAGUUACAUGAAAACGUAGAUAUAGCGAAAAUGUUUGAUCUGUUUAAAGAAAGAAGUGUAAGUAUAUGUUAUCAAACCGCGGAUGAGACACUAUUAUUGACACGUGAUGACAAUAAAGAAGAAGUUGGAGUAGAGGAGGCAAGACAAGAAAAAAAUCUCACACAUCAUUUCAGAGAAAGUGGGCUCACGGUGUUAUGGGCUGCUAUUUUCAUUGCUGGAGAAAUGGCAGGGAGUGGUGUAUUAGCUUUGCCAAAAGCUGUUGUUGAUGCUGGGUGGAUUGGAUUGGUGCUAAUAGUAUGCUUUUGUGUCAAUGCGGGUUACGGGGGUACUCGUCUAGGGGCCUGUUGGACAAUCAUUGAAGAGCGUUACCCAGAGCACCGAACACCUGUGAGGAAUCCAUAUCCUAUCAUUGCGCUCAUAGCGUUCGGCAGAAAAACAAGCUUGUUGGUGUCUGGAUGUAUUCAGUUGACAUUAUUUGGAGCUGGAACGGUGUAUCUUCUUCUUGCCUCGCAAAUCAUUCAAGAAUUGUUAGAAGUGUUUCUUCCCCACAUACGUUUCUGUGAGUGGUUUUUGGUAAUAGCCCUACUAAUUAGUCCUGCAAUGUGGCUUGGCACACCAAAAGACUUCAGACUUGUGGGCAUUGGUGCUAUUUUAACAACUGCAUUUGCAUGCAUCUUCAUAUUUAUGCAGAUAGUCAUGGAUAAAUCUGAGUUAAAAACUCCAAUGCAGCUAACAAAUCCUACUUUUCAUAGUUUUUUCUUAGCUUUCGGAACAAUAUUGUUUUCAUUUGGCGGAGCUUCAACAUUUCCAACGAUUCAAAAUGAUAUGCUGCAGAGGGAUAAGUUCUCUAAAAGCGUAAUUAUUGGUUUCAUUGUUAUUCUUAUCUUAUAUCUUCCUGUUGCGGCUGGUGGUUAUGCUGUGUAUGGAGAUUCAGUGAACACAAAUAUUAUAUUAAACUUGAAGAAAAGUCUGUUCAUAAUUCUGGCGAAUAUUCUCCUUGCAAUACAUCUUGUAUUGGCUUUUCUGAUUGUAAUCAACCCAGUUUGCCAAGAUUUAGAAGAGAGAUUUAAUAUUCCACGUUAUUUUAAUUGGAAACGUUGUGUUCUGAGAACUGUAAUUCUUGGUUUAAUGGUUUUUCUUGGAGAAUCUAUUCCUGAUUUUGGCAAGAUCUUAGCUCUUGUGGGUGGUUCUACUAUUACUAUGACAACAUUUGUAUUUCCCCCACUAUUCUACAUGGCUCUCUGUGAUCAGUCAAGUGAUCGGUGGACAAAGAGGUCCAUCCCAUUGUAUCUUCGAGUCUACAUGUGGGAACUUAUAUUAAUAGGAGUUAUUGGAGGCGCUGCUUGUACAUAUAAUGCUCUCAGUGACAUAUUUGAUGCCGAUUCCAUGAAUAAACCAUGCUAUGUGCGUGCGUCAUAGUAAAACAUAGUUAUCGAAGAACCUUCGAUCAUUUGUCAGCAUUACGUCAGUUUGUGGAAAUACAAAAAUAAAUUAUGUCUUAGAAAAUUACUCAUUAAUAGAGUUGGCUUUAUUUACAUAUAAACACAAACACUGUAUAAUUAUAUUUUAAAAUGUAUUAUUUUCUAGUUUUAUGAAUUAAUAGUUCCUCUUUUUGAAGUAGAUAUAUUUAAUGAGUAUUUUUAUGCAAUGACUAUAAAACGAAUUUUUUUGCUGCACAUCAUCAUCAGAAACUUUUAGUAGUGAUUUUAUUUAUAGGCUUAAUUUUUGAAAUUAAAUUAUUUAUAUCAAUUCUUAUAUUUCAACGUUAAACAUAGUUGUUAAUAAAGUGAUAAGAGGAAUAAAAUAAUAUAAAAACUGACAAUUAAUGAAACAGUUGUUUAGGGCAAAUGGUCGUACCUAGGGACACCUCAAAUAUUUUAUUUUUUCCCCUCUUCUUUUGGAUCCUCCUCUUUUUGGGGUACACCACCUCUCAGCAUGUUUUUGUGUAAGAAUAAUAAUUUUUAAUAACAUUAUAUAAUUUUCUUUUUUAGAUAGUUUGUUUGUGUACAAGGUGUUCCUAGGUACAGUUGUGGAAACAAAAAUUGAUAGCGGCCGUCUGCAGCUAAGUUCAUCUUUUACACGGCUUGGGCAGCCCUUAUCAUCACGAAACGUCGCAGGCGGGUCUCACAAACCACCGUAGCCAAUCUUAACGGAAGGGAGUGUGGCUUCACAAAACUAUGAAGAAGGAAAUGGCAGACGUCCCUAGUUCAGAUAUGGAAAUAUUUUCGAAUACAAAUACAUGGAAUGAAACAAUUUUAUGUUCAUGAAAGUAAAUUCAUUGAAAUAAAUGUACAAACGCAUUCAUUUCACUAGUUUUAACACAUUUCUUUUUGACGAAAGUAUGUUGAAAUGAGAUAAAAGAAUACUAAUUUUAGGCCAAUUACUUCUUCAUAAACAUUUUAAAUGCAAUAUUAUUUUUCAUACACAAUCCAUGAAUUUUAUUAAAUGUCAAAUGUCCAGUUUACUGUAUAUUUUAUCAAUAAGAAAAACUAUCAUAAUUGCAGUUUGCAAUUGUAUGUUUAUAAAAUUUGCAAACAUUGCAUAAUAGUGUCGAUAGAGGACUCCUAGGGAACCAUUUGAAUAAAAUUCAAAGAUCACUUGCAUAUUUAUCAUCAUAGUAACGAUUAAGCUAGAUAUUAAGUAAUCGAUUUGCAUCACUUGUCAAAAUUGUUAUUUUGCAAUGUUCAAUUUGGAGCAGUCCCGGCAGAAAUAGCACACAUUUGGAAUUGUUUAUAAAAUUAUUAAUGGUUGCAAAAUUGUUAAUUCGCAAUUUUCGGUUCUGUGAUAUUAGAGAACCCUUUCCACUUAGGAGUUGCAAAAAUUGGAAAUUGUUUAUAAAUGAAAUUUUUCAAUUCUUUUUUAUUCUUUCAUCACAAUUACCUUUCUACAAGUUGCGAAAUUCUGCAAUCCGAUCGGUGCUAUCGCCUUUCGUUUACGAGAUACGCAAUUGUUUACUGGAAAUUAGCAUUUGAUGCCAACACUCAUCCGUUUUAUAGACAAUCCAUUCCCUUUUUGCAGUCAAGUGUACUGUUCAGAUCGUAUUGCAGUGUCUCGCUUUUCUCCGAUUAUUUGUGUGUACCAUUUCUGACUUACGGAAAAUCGGUGAAAAUUGUUGCUAAUGGAUUUUUGUUUCGACAAUUGUUGCUAAUGGACGUUUUGAUAUUUUAAUUUGCCUACGUUACGAAUAAAUUACAAAACGUCAAAACUGUUGCCCUGUAAAUGUGAACGUAAUAUUGUAUUUCGUUUUGUCUACAUUCUAUUCAGUGGUGCAAACUGCAUUCCGAUAUCUUUAUCGUUUUGCGAGGAAAUCGAUUGUAAACAAAUUAUUUUGCAAAAUGCAUUUUGACAACGGUGGCACAUAGCGCAUUAUUAUUAUUAAUUAAAAAAUUUGUUUCAAGAACGUUUUCUAUCAAAUUGUUGUUUUCUGAAAUUUUUGAAGUGCCUGUUUGAACUCGUGGGGAGAUUCUUUCAAUUCCACCGAUUUCACUAUUACCUUCACAAUUGCAGAAAAGACGUACUACUUGAUAGACUGCUAACUGCUGCCGAGAAUCGCUGUGCGAUCGAAGGAAUAAUGUUAAAACACCCUGGUGCGACAUUCUGAAGCUUAUAUUUUCAUUUCCGAUUUUUAUUAAUCAUUGAAAACUAGCGAAGUUUGAAUAUAGAUCAAUUUAACAUUUAAUCCCGGAGGCAAAUGUGCAGUAGAGAUAUUCUUUGAAAUUGAACAAUAUUUGAUUUUUUUAAAUCGAACUAUAUACCUGUAGAUUUAUUAACUGACAUGAAUAUGUUAUAGGAAGAGGAAUACAGUGAUAUCUUAGUUGUUAAUAACUUAAAAGAAAUAUAGAGUAACAAAUAAUUUUUACGCUUGAUUUGAAAAUAUGAACAGUUGUUUGUACGGGAAUGUUUAUAUUUGAGAAGCCCGUGCAUCGAUGAUCUUUGGGACAUUCGGCCUACGCGAGUCCGAGACCUUUGGGUUGAUAUUUCUUCUCGUUCGACCUAAGUUCUUUCGAGGGGCUUCAGUUUAACAUGCCGACUUUUUUGGAAUUUGGGCAUUCCUUGACAAAUUGAAGUUAAACAUUCGUUUUCUUCUAGAAGCUACUGAAAUUUAAUCUUGAUUUUUUGGGGGGAGGGAUAAACUCUGUAUUGCCCUGUCCACCAAUAAGAAGGGAAACGUAAUACAGAGAUACGGGAAGAUAUUAUUAGUUUAGGCAGGUUUAAGCAUAUCUUUGGGAAAUUUCGAUUUGAUUCGACUUGGGAUGUUUGCUGUUAGGCCUAGGUGGAAUUUCAGAGCGGGAUGAGAUAAGGGAAGGGAAGAAUAGAAAUUAUUUGCUACUCUUUUUAUAUGUUCUAGAACGGUUUCCAUUUGGAGUUCUCUGUGAAUUUGAUGGUUGAUUUGAGGUACAUACCAUGGAGCUUAAAUUGACUUCUAGCGACUUUAUUUUGGACUAUUUGCAUUUUUGUAUGGUGGUAGAGGCAGCGUUUCCCCACACUGGGCAAGCAUACGUUAGUGUGGGUAGGAUAAUAGAUUUGUAUAGUAGAAUCUGACAUUUGGUUUUAAGUGUUGAAUGUUGUUUUAUAAAAGGGUAUAUUUUUGAUUGGGCUGAAAUGGAAGGCGCGCGGGGGGAUGGUUGCGUGAGACGGACAUCAAUGUAAAAAAAUCAAUCAACGAAAACAACGACGUAAGAAACGGACAGAAUAAGAAAGAAAAUAAUAAAGACCGUUUUCAAACUCAAGAAGUAUUGACCUCGAUUUGAAA